AUGGCCGACGUCGACCCCUUUGAGCACCUCGAGGGCGCGUCCAACUACGGCGCAGACGCCUCCGAGUAUGGCUUCACCGACUCUGCCUCCGUAGUCUCGGGAGCGGACUCCAGGCUGUCCCGCAGGAACAAUGGCGCAAAGUCUGGCAGGACCAGGGCGGCGGACCAGAUCGACCUCGACCUGGAUCUCGACCUCGACCUCGCCGCAAUCAAGGAUCUUCAGCUCGACGAGCACGACCUAGAACCCCACCGCCACCAGCAUACCGGAUCCAAGGCGGCCAAGCCGCGGAGCACCCGGGCGACCGAUGGAGACGAGGUCGAUGAGCUGUUCGACGGCAUGCUCGACGAUGGCGAGGCCGACCUGCUUCAAAACCUGCCGCCCCACGCCUGCGCCUACUGCGGUAUCCACAACCCGAGCUGCGUCGUCAAGUGCCUGAUCUGCAACAAGUGGUUCUGCAACUCGCGAGGUUCUACCUCGGGCUCCCACAUCGUCAACCACCUCGUCAGGGCCAAGCACAAGGAGGUGUGCCUGCAUGCCGAGUCGCCGCUCGGAGAGACGACGCCCGAGUGCUACCAGUGCGGCGCCAAAAACGUCUUCCUGCUCGGCUUCAUCCCCGCCAAGAGCGAGACGGUCGUGGUGCUCCUCUGCCGCCAGCCGUGCGCCGCCAUGACCAACUCCAAGGACGUCAUCUGGGACACGUCGCAGUGGUCGCCGCUGAUCGAGGACCGCUGCUUCCUCACGUGGCUCGUCAAGAUGCCGACCGAGCACGAGCAGAUGCGCGCCCGGCCCAUCACCUUCCAGCAGAUCAACCGCCUCGAGGAGAUGUGGAAGGAGAACGAGAACGCCACCCUCGAGGACCUCGACAAGCCCGGCGUCGACGAGGAGCCGGACGGCAUUCUGCUGCGCUACGAGGACGCCUACCAGUACCAGAACAUCUUUGGCCCGCUCGUCAAGAUCGAGGCCGACUACGACCGCAAGCUCAAGGAGAGCCAGACGCAGUCGGACCUGGUAGUGCGCUGGGACCAGGGUCUCAACCAGAAAAAGAUUGCGUGGAUGACGCUCCCGAAGCUCGAGAGCGGCGAGGUGCGCCUGGCCGUCGGCGAUGAGCUCAAGAUCCGCUACCGCGGCGAGAUGGCGCCGCCGUGGGAGGGGGUGGGCCACGUCAUCAAGAUCCCCAACAACGUGUCCGACGAGGUGGCCAUCGAGCUGCGCCGCGCCGACGGCGUGCCCGAGCACUGCAGCCACAACUUCAGCGCCGACUUUGUGUGGAAGUCGACCAGCUUCGACCGGAUGCAGAGCGCCAUGAAGACGUUUGCCGUCGACGAGCAGAGCCUCAGCGGCUACAUCUACCACAAGCUGCUCGGCCACGAGAUCGAGAGCGCCACGCUGAGGACGGCGAUGCCGAAGCGGUUCAGCGCGCCCGGCCUGCCCGAGCUCAACCACAGCCAGGUCAACGCGGUCAAAAGCGUCCUGCAGAAGCCGCUCAGCCUGAUUCAGGGCCCGCCCGGCACGGGCAAGACUGUCACCAGCGCCACCAUCGUCUACCAGCUGAGCAAGAUGAACCCGGGCCCGGUGCUGGUGUGCGCCCCCUCGAACGUCGCCGUCGACCAGCUGACGGAAAAGAUCCACGCCACUGGCCUCAAGGUGGUGCGCCUGACGGCCAAGAGCCGCGAGGCGCUCGACAGCCCCAUCAGCUUCCUCACGCUGCACGAGCAGGUGGCCAACAACGACACGCACGUCGAGCUGCAGAAGCUGAUCCAGCUCAAGAACGAGCAGGGCGAGCUCAGCAGCAGCGACGAGCGCAAGUACAAGGCGCUGACCCGCGCGUGCGAAAAGGAGAUCCUCAACACGGCCGACGUCAUCUGCUGCACGUGCGUCGGCUGCGGCGACCCGCGCCUGUCGAAGCUCAAGUUCCGCACCGUCCUCAUCGACGAGGCCACACAGGCGGCCGAGCCCGAGUGCAUGAUCCCGCUCGUCAUGGGCUGCAAGCAGGUUGUCUUCGUCGGCGACCACCUCCAGCUCGGACCCGUCAUCAUGAACAAGAAGGCCGCGCGCGCCGGCCUCAGCCAGAGCCUCUUCGAACGCCUGAUCAUGCUCGGCAACCGGCCCAUCCGCCUCCAGGUGCAGUACCGCAUGCACCCUUGCCUUUCCGACUUCCCCAGCAACAUGUUCUACGAGGGCACGCUGCAGAACGGCGUCACGGCGCCCGAGCGGCUGCGCAAGAACGUCGACUUUCCCUGGCCCGUGCCGACGCUGCCGAUGUUCUUCUUCCAGAACCUGGGCCAGGAGGAGAUCUCGAGCUCCGGCACCUCGUUCCUCAACCGCACCGAGGCGUCGAGCGUCGAAAAGAUCGUCACGCAGUUCUUCAAGGCCGGCGUGGUGCCGUCGCAGGUCGGCAUCGUCACGCCGUACGAGGGCCAGCGCAGCUACGUCGUCAACCACAUGCAGAUGCACGGCAAGCUCAAGAAGGAGUUCUACAAGGAGGUCGAGGUGGCCAGCGUCGACGCCUUCCAGGGCCGAGAAAAGGACUACAUCAUCCUCAGCUGCGUCAGGAGCAACGAGCACCAGGGCAUCGGCUUCCUCAGCGACCCGAGGCGCCUCAACGUCGCCCUCACCCGCGCCCGGUACGGCCUCGUGAUUUUGGGCAACCCGAAAGUCCUCAACAAGCACCCGCUCUGGCACUACCUGCUCGUCCACUACAAGGAAAAGGGCUGCCUGGUCGAGGGCGUGCUGUCGAACCUGCAGCCGUCGAUGAUCCAGUUCCCGCGGCCGCGCCGUCCGCUGCAGAAGCCCGGCGACCUGAUGGCGCGUCAUCGGCUGGACCUCAACGACCCCGUCGGUGGCUCAGCGGCCGGCGUUGGCGCGGGCUCGGCUGGCGCGAGGAACGCAGCCGGAGCAGGGGCCACCGCCAUGGGCCCUGCCGACGCGGCCUUCUUCCGCACCCACGACCCGAUGUCGUACAUCCCGAGCGACGCGCAGAGCGUCAUCAGCAUGGGUACGCAGGCUACCUACCCUUCGGUCCACCUGCCGCCGUUUGGAGGCCACUCUGCCGGACGCAACGGUGGGCUUGGCGCCGGCCUCAAUGGCGCCUAUGCCAGCAGCAUCAUGAGCCAGGAUGUCGAUUCAGAGAGCGUGGCCGGUAGCACUGCACCGCCCGCCAGCAUCACGUACAGCCAGAGCGACCGGCUGCGUCGUCGCCUCAGCCUCAGCAGCAUGGGCGGCGCCUCGGACCUGGCUAGCCUCGAGGGCUACAAGAGCCAAGGGUCGGUGCUGGACUCGCAGGACGACGACUCGCGCUCGACGAUCUCGGCGGCCAUCUCGCAGUCCUCGUUCACCACGUUCUAG